GCCGCGGUCACACCUGCCAAGGGAAAAUAUUAAAAAAAUCUUAUUUAUUGUUUAAUGUGUAAAUAAUAGUGAUAAGAAGCAACGCAACACAGCUGUGCGGAUUGCGAGGCGGAUAGCAAAGCAGACGACAUAUAUAACGGAGGCGCGUUAGGAUAGCGCAGCUCGUUGGACGAAAAGGGCAGCACGGAAAGCAGUAAAAUCCGGAGAAGCAACAGCGCAGUCGGCAGCGACGCCCACGCAGCGGAAGUAAUAAAGAGAAAAAAGAAAUCGGACGGAGGGGGUGCAGAGGAGAGGGAGGAGAGGAGAGGAAGAGCAGGUGAAAGAGGGCAGCGGGGCACUAGCUGGUCAAGAAGGUGCAGCGGCAGGAGCGAAGAGGAGGAGGAGGCGGAGCAGCGGGCGGAGCCAGAGCGGAGGGGCGAGGCAGAAAAGGUUCAGCAGUAUCGAGAAGCGGGAAAAGCAGGAGGAGCAGCGGCCCCACGACGCCAGCAGCUAUUGAAGUCAUGCCGCUGGCCGACUCCCAAAAGGAUCUCCGCCAGCAGCCUCAGCAGCAGCAGCAUGUGUCCUCCACCAGCAGCAACAACAACGCUGAGCAGCAGUGCAGCAGCAGCAGCGGAUUGGGCUUGCAGCUGCGCCAGCGCAUGCAGAUCACCUCGUCCGGCUGCAGCAGCCUGGCGGUCACGCCCAUGGAGCACACGCCCACCGAGGACGAGGAGAGCGGUGGCGGAAGCAGCGGGGUCACCUCCUCGGUGACCACGGUGACCUCAUCGCAGCGUCGCCAGCAGCUGCAGCAGCAGUCCGCGCUGCAGGCUGCCCUGGAACAGCAUCACAUCUCGCCGGCGACGGAGCAGCAAUCCUCCAGAGAAAGGCCGUCGAAACGCACACUCUGCCCGCCGCCCGAACUGAUGGAGCUGAGCGAUUCCGAGUCGCAAGUGGGCGGUGCUGCGGAGGGCAGGAGAGAAGGCGCAGCUGGCGGAGAUGAAACCGAUCCCCUGGAUGACACGGAGAACGAGUUCGAGCUGAGGGAGGUCAUCAAGGAGGGCCACGACAAGGCCGACCCCUCGCAGUUCGAACUGCUGCGCGUCCUGGGCGAAGGUAGCUUCGGCAAGGUGUUCCUGGUGCGCAAAAUCAUUGGCAAGGAUGCGGGGACCUUGUACGCCAUGAAGGUGCUCAAGAAGGCCACCCUGAAGGUCAAGGACCGCGUGCGGAGCACCAAUGAGCGCAAGAUCCUGGCGGAUGUGGGACAUGCCUUCAUCGUUCGCCUGCACUACGCCUUCCAAACGCCGGGCAAACUCUAUCUGAUACUGGACUUCCUGCGGGGCGGCGACCUGUUCACCCGCCUGUCCAAGGAGGUGAUGUUCACCGAGGAGGACGUCAAGUUCUACCUGGCCGAACUGGCGCUCGCCAUGAACCACUUGCACACGCUGGGCAUCAUCUACAGGGAUCUGAAGCCGGAGAACAUACUGCUCGACGAGCAUGGCCACAUAGCCCUGACGGACUUCGGGCUGUCCAAGCAGCCCCUGGAUGGCUCCAAGACCUACAGCUUCUGCGGAACCGUGGAGUACAUGGCGCCGGAGAUUGUGAACCGGAAGGGUCACGACUUCGCCGCCGAUUGGUGGAGCUUCGGAGUGCUCAUGUACGAGAUGCUGACGGGGAAUCUACCGUUCCACGGGCAAACCCGCCAGGAGACCAUGAACCAGAUCCUGAGGAGCAAGCUGGGCAUGCCGGAGAACCUCUCGCCGGAGGCGCAGUCCCUGCUGCGGGCGCUCUUCAAGAGGAAUCCGCAGAACCGUUUGGGUGCGGGUACCCAGGGAAUACUGGACAUCAAGGCGCACUGCUUCUUCGCAACCAUCGACUGGGUGAGAUUGGAACGGAAGCAGGUGCGUCCACCAUUCAUACCGGCCGUUAGCCGCGACGAUGCCUUCUACUUCGAUGUGGAGUACACCUCGAAAUCCCCGCGGGACUCGCCGGGUGGUCCCAUCUCCGCCUCGGCGCACGAGAUCUUCCGCGGCUUUAGCUUCGUGGCUCCCGUUCUCCUGGAGGGCCAGUGUGCCAGCUCGAAUAGCUGCUCCACCAACGCGAGCCCGCUGCACAACAUUGCUCCCAUUCCCGUUGCUCCCGCGGGAGCGCCUCGCACCCUGCCCGGCGUCCUGCCUGGGAACUUCCACGCCGAGUACAACCUGCUGCAGGAGCUGGGCCGCGGCACCUUCUCCGUGUGCCGCCUGUGCGAGCAUCGCGCCUCCAAGAAGCAUUACGCGGUGAAGGUGAUCGAGAAGGCAGCCGUGGCCGCCGCAUCCACAUCCACGUCGGCCGACUGCUGGGAGGAGGUGGAGAUCAUGCUGCGGUACGGCAACCACCCGAACAUCGUCACCCUCUACUCGGUUUACGAGGACGCGGGCUCCGCCUACCUGGUAAUGGAGCUGCUGAAGGGCGGCGAGCUCCUCGAUCGCAUCUUGGCCGUGGGUCAGAUGUGCGAGAGCGAAGCGAGCGCCGUUCUGCGGACGAUUGCGUCCGCGGUGGCGUAUCUCCACGAACACGGCGUUGUCCACCGGGACCUGAAGCCCUCGAAUAUGAUAUACGCCAGCAUGCGGCAGACCCCCGACACCCUGAAGCUCUGCGAUUUGGGCUUCGCCAAGCAGCUGCGCGCCGACAACGGCCUCCUGAUGACGCCCUGCUACACGGCCAACUUUGUGGCGCCCGAGGUGCUGAAGCGGCAGGGAUACGACCUGGCCUGCGACAUCUGGUCGCUGGGGGUGCUGCUGUACAUCAUGCUGUCCGGCAGGACGCCCUUCGCCAGCACUCCGAACGACUCGCCGGACGUGAUCCUGAAGCGGAUCGGGUCGGGACACAUUGACUUCACCAGCAGUCGCUGGGCCCUGGUCAGUGCGCCGGCCAAGGAGCUGCUGCGCCAGAUGCUGCACAUUGUGCCGGAGAACCGGCCGACGGCGGCGCAGAUCCUGGAGCACGCCUGGGUGCGGGAACAGUUCGCCAGCGGCGUUCAGCUCACGGAGUACGCGGUGGCGCCCGGAUCGCAGCUGUCGCUGGGCGCCCAACAGCAGCACCAGAACCACAUCUCGAUGGCGUUGAGGGGAGCCGUGGACGCCACGUUCCGGGCCAUCGCCAUUCCGCAGGCGGCCAACGUGGGACCCGUUGAACUUUCGAUGCUAGCCAAGAGGCGUGCCAAAGAUCGAGCCAACCUGCACUCCUAAUCGUGGGCCGCAGCAUGGUGUCCGCGGCGCCAGGCCAAGAGGCAGAUAACCCGACUUCUGUUCCGACUCUAUAGUAUUCUGAUCCAAUGCUGCUGUGCCAUACCGCGCUGCCUCGUCAAGGGCAAUGGGCACAGGCUGGGUCCGCAUCCACAGCGACAUCCGUUGGCCAAUCCCCGCCAGCGCUGCCGCAGCGCCAAGCUGCGCGUGGUGUAGGAAUGGGAAUCUGCCCCACUUUAAGUAUUUGACAACAAGUGUUAAUUAUUUAUUUUACAUAAAGCAUACCGAGAUGCCAAGGCCAAAAAGCACAGAGCGUGGCAUCCAUAUACACAUACAUAUAUAUUACUAUACUGAUACUGAUACGGAUAUACAUCUAUACACAUACAGAUAUAGAUAUUUACAUAACGAAUCCUUAAGCAAGGCCUCGAGUACGUGUGUGCGUGUGUGGCUCCAGGAUCAUCCCAGAUGAUGCCUGAGCUCCAGUAUUUAUCCGCAACUCGAUUUCGAAAUUAAGUCCCCUCGCACACACAGCAAGUUUACAGCGUAUUAAACAAAAUGCAUACAUAUUUUUAAUUAAAUUAAUCGUAGCUAAAUUUUUCAACAUCACCGUGUUAUUGUUGUUUACCUACCUAACUAAUUAAAACGAGAAAGAAAAAUGAACAAAAAA